UACUAUUUCAUCUUUUCCGUUCUCCACUUUCUCUCUCUACCUCCCCUCUCUCCUUAUUUUAUUUUAUUUAUUUAUUAUUAUUAUUUUCCCCAAUUUUACAGUAUAAAUAUCUCGAUCUUGGCAGGCACUUCUUCUGUUUUUCUCUUCGUCGUCGGCCAUGGAUCCUCCUUCUUUCAAUGGCUUCUACAGCUUCCUAACGCGCGGAAUCGAUGAUCUCGAACGUGACUUUGUUCCCGGCGAUUACAUGCCCAUUCAAUUCCUCCAAACAGUCUUAUCCCUUCUGCGAUCGCUCCACAGUCAAUUGACUCUUCUGGUUCAGGAAAUACACUUGCCGGUUGGGGGAAAAUGGCUGGAUGAAUACAUGGAUGAAAGCUCCAGGCUAUGGGAAGUCUGCCAGGUCCUUAAGAUUGGUACCACAGCCAUGGAGAGAUACUGCUCAGCUGGCCUCAAUGUAACUGCUUCUCUCGAUAACCACCGCCGUCUAACUCGACAGCAUUUCUUUGAGAAACAGAUUACUCGGUUCCUAUCGUUUUGUAGAAGAGAGGGUGGGGGAUUGGAGGAGAGUAACAAGUCGUUGAUGGAGACGAGAGGCGAGACUCUACAAUUGAAAUUCGAUAGGAAAGUGACGGAAUCAAGGCUGAAUGGAUUCAGUGGGAUUCUUUAUGCAACCAGGAAUGUGACUUCACUUCUGCUGAUGAUUUUGUUCCAGGGAUUGUUAUACUUUUCUCCAGACCCUGAUUUCUCAACCAACGUUUGUGCCUAUGGCUAUGACUAUGAGAAUCGACUUUUGUUCGGGUCAUCCUUCUUGGUCUCAACGGCCAGGUUGCAUCAGAAAGUGGCGGAUCACAUGAAGGGCCCCGCCGGAGUUAUGCUCUGCGAGUUCAGAGUAUCAAAGGCUGCCAUUGAAGAGCUGAAGGAAGAUCUAGAGUGGAGACUCUCGCAAGGUACUGUGGAGUGGGAGAGAGAAGCUGGGAUUAAGGAGAGAGUGGAGACCUUGAAUAGCUGUUUGGGGAAAUUGAGAGCUGGGACUGACAACAUACUUGGGCAGAUUGAUGAUUUUUUUGAUGAAAUUGUUGAAGGGAGGAAGACGCUCUUGGAUUUCUGCACUCAUAGGUAGUAGACCACAACUACAACUGUUAUGUUCUUUUCCCAAAAGAAAAAGAAAGAAUUAACAAAAACAAAGUCAAAAACAAAUAAAUCAAGAAGAAAUGGCAAGAUAAAGAGGAGCAGGUGAAUCAGCAGCUGGUUUUGAUUGUAAGUUCAUUUGUGGCUACUUUUUGAG